AUGACCUCCGUGCUGGGGACGGGCAGAGCGGCCGGAGGGCCCAGCGGGCAGCUGAAAUGCAAGCCCAAGAGGAGGAGGAGGAGGAGAUCCAAGAGGAAAGAAAAAGUAAGCAUACUGUCAACCUUUAUAGCGCCCUUCAAGUACUUGAGUCCUGGUGCAACCAAUAUGGAGGAUGAAGACAAUUUAAGUACCAGCAGUGCAGAAGUAAAGGAAAAUCGAAACAUUGGCAACCUGGAGGAUCAUCCAAUAUCCUCUAGUGAGAGGGCAAGAGGAGGAACAUCUAGCAGUAAGAGAAAAAGACCCUUAGAGGAAGGCAACAAUGGCCAUUUCUGCAAACUCCAACUCAUCUGGAAGAAAGUCUCAUGGUCAGUGACACCAAAGAAUGCUCUGGUUCAGCUACAUGAACUUAAACCAGGUUUACAAUACAAAAUGGUUUCCCAGACAGGUCCAGUGCACGCUCCAGUCUUUGCUGUCGCUGUAGAAGUAAAUGGACUUACGUUUGAAGGUACAGGACCCACAAAAAAGAAAGCCAAAAUGCGUGCAGCAGAGCUAGCUUUGAAGUCUUUCGUUCAGUUCCCAAACGCAUGCCAAGCUCACUUUGCCAUGGGGAACUGUAUUAAUCCAUCCACGGACUUUACCUCUGAUCAGGCAGACUUUCCAGAUACUCUGUUCAAGGAGUUUGAACCAUCUACACACAGCAAGGACUUUUCAGUCUAUAACCCAGUUAAUAAUGAAUUGCUUUCCACUGCUUAUCGACAUGGGAGGUUACUCUGCCAUACAUUGGACUUAAUGGGCCACAGUAAGCAAAACAAGCACAAGAUGGCAUCCAAAGCGGAGAGCGAGAAGAACCCAGUGGUGCUGCUAAAUGAGCUGCGAUCGGGACUGCGGUACGUCUGCCUGUCGGAGACCGUGGAGAAGCAGCACAUCAAGAGCUUUGUGAUGGCAGUGCGAGUGGACGGGAGAACAUUUGAAGGCUCAGGACGUAGCAAGAAGCUGGCAAAAGGCCAAGCAGCGCAAGCUGCUCUGCAGGCCCUCUUUAACAUUCGGCUGCCCAGCCACAUUCCCAGCAGGAGUAAAUGUAACCAUUUGCCACAGGAUUUUGCUGACUCCAUAUACCAAAUGGUUACACAGAAGUUCCAGGAGUUGACAGACAAUUUUACUUCCAUGCAUGCACGCCACAAAACUCUCGCAGGAAUUGUGAUGACCAAAGGUUUGGACAUCAGGCAAGCUCAGGUUAUUGUGCUGUCAUCGGGUACCAAAUGUAUAAAUGGAGAAUACAUUAAUGACCAAGGGCUUGCGGUCAAUGACUGCCAUGCAGAAAUUGUGGCAAGAAGGGCAUUUGUUCACUUCCUUUACUCACAGCUGGAGCUCCACUUAAGCAAACGGCGAGAAGACUGGGAGCGAUCAAUCUUCGUGCGAUUAAAAGAGGGAGGCUACAGGCUGUGCGAGAACAUCCUGUUCCAUCUCUAUGUGAGCACUUCACCCUGCGGAGACGCUCGCCUCAACUCCCCCUAUGAAAUCACAACUGACUUGAACAGCAGCAAGCACAUAGUACGAAAAUACCGUGGACACCUUCGAACAAAGAUUGAGUCUGGAGAAGGAACCAUACCAGUUCGGAGUCACAACACAGUCCAGACGUGGGACGGCGUGUUGUUGGGAGAACAGCUCAUCACCAUGUCCUGCACAGACAAAAUUGCCAGAUGGAAUAUCCUUGGGCUUCAAGGUGCUCUCCUCAGCUCCUUCAUCGAGCCCACAUACUUUCACAGCGUCGUUGUGGGAAGCCUCUGUCACACUGGUCACCUUUCCAGGGUAAUGAGCCAUAGGAUAGAAGACAUUGGUCAGCUGCCAGCUUCAUAUCGGCGUAAUCAGCUACUUCUCAGUGGGGUUAGUCACGCCGAGGCUCGGCAGCCUGGAAAAUCGCCUGGCUUCAGUGUGAACUGGAUCAUGGGGACGGCUGACCUGGAGGUGAUCAACGCCACGACGGGAAAGCGGACCUGCGGGAGUCCCUCGCGGCUCUGCAAGCGCAUGCUUUUCGCUCGGUGGGCAAAGCUUUACGGAAAGCUGAGCACACGAAUACCAAGCCAUGGAGACGUGCCAUCAGUGUACAGCGAGGCAAAGCUGGUGGCUCAGACAUACCAAUCUGUCAAGCAGCAGCUGUUUAAAGCAUUUCAGAAAGCAGGUCUGGGCACCUGGGUGAAGAAACCCCCAGAGCAAGAUCAGUUUCUACUAACUGUGUAA